AUGAAAGGCCACCCAAGACCGCCGUUCAAACCAGAACACGACGGCCUCCCGCCGACUCCUGAUCAGACAGAAGAGCAACGGCAAAUCUCCGCGAGGAGGCUGAAGCCCAACUUCCGAGCUCUUCCAGAUACCACACGAAACCGACCAGAACCAAUGACUUCACUGCCCGCGAAGAAGCCCCGACCAACCAAGUGGCAGUUCGGAAUCAGAUCAAGAAACCAGCCUGCGGAGGCCAUGCUCGCAAUCUUCAAGGCAUUGAAAGCCAUGGGUGCCGACUGGGAGGUGCCGAAGAUUAGAAAAGCGGGUGGCAAGGGAGGCUCGCGCAGUCCAACCGGUGAUGAGAAGAAAACUGGUAGCGACUCACCCACACACGAGCCGCUCACUGUGCGCAACGCUGACUCCGGAGAACAACGUGGCCGUCAGAGGAAGCACUACAAUCACACCAACGACUGGGGCUACCACAUCCCGGAAGACCCCUGGGUCAUCAACGCCCGCUUCCGCAAAGACGGCAUGUUCCCUCCCGGCGUCGCACACCCAUCAUCCACACAUUCUUCCCGCGUCGACCUUGCAAACGACCCAUCCGGUCUCCGCCGCCGCAGCUCCACCAACACCAGCACAACAAGCCUGUCCCACCACAUCGACAGCAUGACCAUCACCGACCGACCCAACUCCAUCAGCGGCGAAGACCACCCUGAAGCCGACGAGGCCGUCUACAUCUACGUCUCCAUCCAGCUCUACAGCAUCGACCGCGAAUUCUUCGUCGUCGACUUCAAGUGCGCGGGCUACGAGCGUCUCGUGUCCAAUCUCGUGCGCGAGGUCAAGGCCGCGUCGUCAUCGUCGCCACAGCACCAGCAUGAAGAUGGCUGGGACGACGAGGCGGGCGUGUGGAGGCGAUUGGACGAGGGCGAGCCGCUGCCGGAUGAUCUGGCCAAGGAGUUGAGGGAUGGCGGGAAAGGUGUACUGAGGGAGAGAACGGAGGAAGUGGGUGCGGGCCGCAAGGAGGGGGAGAAGGUGGUGACGAGUCCGUUUCCGUUCUUGGAUGUGGCGAGUACGCUGAUCUUGCAGUUGAGCGGGGAGUAG